AUGGCAUCCGUCUUCCAGAAUGGGCGAAUCUUCGCGCCCUCAGCCGGCGCUACCAAUGAAUUUGCCGAUACUAUGAUUGUUGAAGACGGACGAAUCACCUAUGUCGGUUCUCUUGAUAACACCAAGAUUCCAGCAAAUGCCACGAUCGUUGAUUUGGACAAUCAUGUAGUGGUUCCCGGAUUUAUCGACAGCCAUGUCCAUAUCCUGCAUUACGGACACUCACUACAAAAAGUCGAUCUUAUUGCCUGUACAUCCCUGGAGCAAAUCCGAACAACUAUUAAAUCAUACGCCGAGUCCAAUCCAUCUGUUCCACGAAUUUUGUGCCGUGGUUGGAUCCAAUCUUCAACUGGCGGGGUGGCUUUAGCCAGUAUGUUGGAUGAUCUAGACCCCCGACCCAUCUAUAUCGAUGCUUUCGACCUCCACUCCAUGUGGUGUAGUUCAGCUGGUCUUGACGAAAUGAAAGCGCAUACCGCUCCUGAUCUUCCAGGUGGUACUAUCCACCGUGACGAGAAUGGAAAGGCCUCGGGUCUAUUGGAUGAAUCCGCUUUAAUGAACCUGGCUUGGCCACACGUUGAAAGCCUCUAUUCGAGAAAAGACAAGUUGAAGGCAUUGGAAGAUGCCAUUGCGCAAUACACUGCUGCUGGCUACACUGGAAUUAUCGAUAUGGCCAUGGAUGAGGGUACUUGGGAGAUUCUUAAUGAAUAUCGUCGCGACAAGACAAUUCCAUUCCAUAUUGGUGUUCAUUGGCUUGUCCCGUUCUCAGGUGAUCAAAAAGUCAACUUCACCUACGUUGAUCGGGCUAUUGAGCUACGAAAACAAUUCACAGAUCCCAACUUCACCGUUCUUGGAAUUAAACUGAUCUGUGAUGGUGUUGUUGAUGGCUGUACCGCAGCCCUUCUUCAACCAUACACCGGAAAAUCAGAUCCAGUUGACCCAAUUUGGCCAGCUGAUAUGCUACAAGAAGUCGUCCAACGAGCUGAUUCAGCCGGUCUUCAGUCUGCUAUCCAUGCCAUCGGAGACAAGGCCGUAAACCAAGCAAUCAAUGUUCUAUCCGAAGUCGGUACUCCAGGUCGCCGACACAGAAUCGAACAUCUUGAAAUGACUACAUCUGAAGACGCCAAGCGACUGGGUCAACUUGGAAUCACAGCAUCCGUGCAACCCGUCCACUCUGAUCCAACCCUCUUCAAAGCCUGGCCUGGUCUAGUUGGUCCGCAUCGAUGCAAGCGAGCAUUCGCCUAUAAAGACUUUUUAGAUGGUGGUGCCCCUCUUACUUUCGGGACUGAUGCUCCUACUGCCCGACAUCUCCCUUUCCCGAACCUCUACAAUGCCACGACCAGGCGCUCAGCUCUUGAGCCCGAGAGUACUGAAACGGUUAACCCGCACUUUGGAAUCACGCUGGCACAGGCUGCUACGGCUGCUACAACUGGUGCGGCUUACUCGCGCUUUGCUGAAUCGUGGACGGGAAGUAUUAAGAGUGGUUUGAUUGCUGAUUUUCUGGUUGUUGAUAUGCAAUGGAAUCCGGAAACUCUUCUUGGGGCGAAGGUAUGCCAGACUUGGUAUAAGGGUCAGAAGGUUUAUGAUUCGAGUGAAUCUGCAAAUUAA